AUGGACACAGACGCAUACCGCUUCCGAGUUCCCAAACCGAACUAUUUACCACACAGAUCCGACAAAGAUGACAUUGUUGAAGAAUACGUCCCCCUGGGCCAGGCCAGCGAUCUCGACAAUGCCAAGUACUACGCCAAAUGCAAGCGCAUAGCCGAGGAAACGGGCAUCACGCGGCCAAAGGGUUACAAUGUCUCCUUCCACUGUAAUCCCGAAAUGGAAAAGCACCACUUCGGCCAGACCCAUCCCAUGAAGCCUUGGAGGCUCACCCUCUCCAAGAGUCUCAUCUACUCCUACGGCAUGUCCUUCGCUAUGGACAACUACAUCUCUCGAGCCGCCACUUACGAAGAACUAAACGACUUUCACUCGGACGACUAUCUGGACUUUUUGGGGACCGUUCUGCCAGAGCCUGUUCCGAGGGAUGUUGAUAACACGAAUCCCGAUCUCAAGUUCAACCUUGGCGGCUCCGACUGCCCUUUGUUCGAGGGUCUCUACGACUACUGCUCUAUGUCGGCGGGCGGGUCUCUUGACGCCGCGAGAAAGAUCUGCUCUAACCAAUCCGACAUUGCCGUAUCAUGGGGCGGCGGCUUGCACCACGCCAAGAAGGCCGAGGCAUCUGGCUUCUGCUACAUCAACGACAUCGUCCUAGCCAUUCUGCAGCUGUUGCGUUGCUUUCCCCGCGUACUCUACAUCGACAUAGAUGUGCAUCACGGAGACGGUGUAGAGGAGGCCUUUUACUCCACAGACCGCGUCAUGACGGUCUCUUUCCAUAAAUACGACCCCCUCAACUUCUUCCCUGGCACCGGUGGUCUCGAUGACAAUGGUCCUAAGAACGAGCAUAACCCGGGAGCGCACCAUGCCAUCAACGUUCCCCUAAACGACGGGGUUACCGAUGAUCAGUACAAAUGGCUUUUCGAGAACGUCAUUGGUAAAUGCAUGGAGAAGUUCCGACCCAGCGCCAUUGCCUUGCAGUGCGGCGCCGAUUCACUCGCCGGUGACCGUCUUGGACGCUUCAACCUUCAAGUUCAAGGCCAUGGUGCAUGUGUUGAAUUCUGCAAAUCGUUCGGUGUGCCCAUGAUUCUUUUCGGUGGCGGCGGAUACACACCUAGGAACGUGGCUCGCGCCUGGGCGUUCGAGACGAGUAUAGCUAUUGGCUGCCAGGACAAGAUUGACCCCAUUAUUCCUGUACAUGCCCCGUGGAGAGAGCAGUUCAGAUACGAGGAGUUGUUUCCGACAUUGGAGCAGAUUCUUGGAGAGCCCCGUGUGAAUAGAAACACGCGAAAGCGCCUCGAUGACGUGCUCCAACAUGUGGUGGAACAGCUAAGGUUCGUCCAAGCAGCCCCGAGCGUUCAAUACCAGGUCAUUCCGCCCGACCUGGGCGGUCUUAGGGACGAUGUUGAGGCCAAGCUCAAGGAACAGCGCGAGGCCGAGAACGACGCUGUCCGGAAACAGCGCGAGGAAGCCGCCGGACAUGCUAUGGAGUAUUGA